AAACAAACUUCAAUGCAACAACAAAUAAAAACAACAACUAAUCUCAUAUUCAAUUUCAUCAACACGUACACUAGAGAGAGAUAAAUAUCUAGAGUGAGAGAGAGGGAGAGAUAGAGAGAUGACAGGCAUGGUUAUGGUGACAAAUUGUGGUGGUGGGAAGAGAACAAAAGGAGCAGCUGAAGAUCAGCAAAACCAGCUCUCUCUGGUUGCACUCCUCUUGGCAGCUAUCAGGAAAUCCAUGGUCUCUUGCCGUGUAGAUCAAGGGGAUGAAGUGAUCUCCACCGUCCAUCACAUGGAAAUCGGGUGGCCCACCAACGUUCAGCACGUCACUCAUGUCACCUUCGAUCGCUUCAAUGGCUUUCUCGGUCUUCCUGUUGAGUUCGAAGUUGAGGUCCCCGGUAGAGUCCCUAGUGCCAGUGCUAGCGUUUUCGGUGUCUCAGCGGAAUCAAUGCAGUUGUCUUAUGAUUCAAGGGGCAAUAGUGUCCCUACAAUUCUCUUGCUAAUGCAGGAGAGGUUAUACUCACAAGAGGGUCUAAAGGCAGAAGGAAUUUUUCGUAUAAACCCCGAGAACAGCCAAGAGGAGCAUGUGAGGAACCAGCUGAACAGAGGCAUUGUGCCCAACAACAUUGAUGUCCAUUGCUUGGCAGGUCUAAUCAAAGCCUGGUUCCGAGAGCUUCCCUCGGGAGUGUUAGAUGGGCUUUCCCCGGAACAAGUUUUGGAAUGCAACACGGAGGAGGGGUCCGUUGAACUAGUGAACCAACUUCAACCAACCGAGGCUGCAUUGCUCAACUGGGCUAUUGAUCUAAUGGCUGAUGUUGUUGAGCAAGAGGAAUCCAACAAAAUGAAUGCGAGAAAUAUAGCUAUGGUUUUUGCUCCAAACAUGACUCAGAUGUCUGAUCCAUUGACGGCCCUGAUGCAUGCUGUUCAAGUCAUGAAUUUGCUCAAGACCCUGAUCAUGAAAACACUAAGAGAACGCGAAGAGACUGCAACAGGAGGAUACUCACCUAUGUCAUCUCAUUCUUCUGAUCGGCAAACCAAUGAAGAAUUUGAGAGCGAGCAGGAGACCGAUACCAGCUGUGAAUUGAUAGGGCCGAUGUCAGAUCAUAAUGAUCAUGACCUUUACAGCCAUAACAAUGAAGAAGAUGAAGAGCCAAUGUCAGAUCAUAAUGAUCAUGACCUUUACAGCCACAUGAAUGAAGAUGAAGAGCCGAUGUCGGAACAUAAUGAUCAUGACCUUUACAGCCACAGCAGUGAAGAUGAAGAUGAAGAUGAAAGUGAAGUCGUGUCAUCAAGUGAGAUAGAAGAAUAUUUCUUGAGGCAAUUCGAUGAUAAUGACAAUGCAAAAAACAAUAUUCUGGAAGUUUCAGAAGGAGACUUGCUGAGAAAACAUGUGAGCCCCACGAGUGACUCUACCUCAAAUGGGGUGUCUGGUGUUUCUUUAUCUGGUAGCGGAACUGGGAGCUCUUGUUUGAGCACAAGUGACGGAGAAGAUGAACGAGGAAGUCCUAUUGCUGUUGGUCGAAAGGAGGAACAUAUGAUGGCGUCAUCAAAUGUACGCGAAGUCGCCAAUGAUGUGGGGGUAGACAAAUUUGUGGAGUCUGCUAUUCCUAUGCCUUUGCUUGAUGUUCAGUAGAUCUGUCUGGGGUGUUAUUUUUGGUAUAGUUAUGUUUGGAUAAGUACUUCUUUGCAGAUUUGUGAGUUUCCUCCAUACCCAUGAUUGUGUCUGUAAAUUAAUAGUGUUUGAUUGUUGGGAAUUGGUCAAACAAGGGUAUGUGAGUAGUUUGCUUGUGGUUGAUUGUGAGUCAUUGUUCAGCUCAAGGCUGAACUUUUGCUUGUUUUCUAUGAUUCACUGGCGAAGGAAUUCUAACUUUGACCAUUUUAGAUUGAAA